AUGCUGUACUCUCUAUCUUCUAUCCCAGUCUCCCUAUCAGAGAGUUUUGAUGAUAGUGUUUGUCAGGGAAUCAUCAAUCUCUACCCCUCUGCUAAACUCUGUGUUGCAGUGGCGUACAGACCUCCUGAUGCAACGGCCGCCAGUUUCUCAAAACUAUUGGACAGCUUUACUCAUGUUAUUGAGAACUGCGCUCCGAGCGACUACGACCUCUUCGUAACAGGGGACUUUAACUUACCACAGGUGGAUUGGGAAACGCUCCAAAUCCGAAGUGGGGGCACAUCAGACUCCAAUCUCUCCGCUCAGUGUUUAAUACGGUUUAUGUCCACUCACCUGCUCAGCCAGAUGGUUACAACCCCGACCAGAGGGAGCAAUGUGCUGGAUCUGAUAAUGUGCAACAACGAUCGGCUGGUGUGCGAUGUAAGCUGUGAAGCUACAGAAAUGUCCGAUCACAACAUGGUUAAUGCUCUCCUCUCUUUUAACCCUGCAUUACUCGAGGAAGCUAAGCUCACGUAUCUGGACGAAAUGAACUUUCGGGCUCUAGAUUUUAACCAUACUGAUUUCGAUUUCGAGGAACUUAACGAAGCUCUCAGUAGUGUGGACUGGAAACAGGUUCGAGGUUCCACUACCUUUGAAGAAUUUCCGAUCAAUUUUACACGUAAAGUGCUAAACGUUUGUCUUGAAAAUGUCCCAAGGAAACGACCUCCUAAAGGAAAACCGAAUGUCUAUAACUCGCUGAGAAGGAAGAAGUCCAGACUCAAGAAUCGUCUUUCAGCGGCAGAGUGCAGCGGCGACCAUGCUCGAAUGAAACAGCUUGAAGACGAAAUCGGAUUAAUCAGCUUUGAGAUUAAGGAAGCUAUAGUACACCAUUUUGAUGAGGGCGAAAGGAGAGCGGUGAAUAAGAUAAAAGCUAAUCCGAAAUACUUUUAUUCCUACGCGAAAUCGUUCUCCAAAGUGAAGCAAAACAUCACAACUCUUCUUAAUAGUGAAAAUAAGCUUGUCACAGAGAAGAAGGAUCUUGCGAACAUCCUCCAGACUCAGUUUUGCUCAGUCUAUAGUGACCCUAACUGCCCCUACAAAUCCAUGCCUGAAUUUGCGGUGCCGCCCAUUACUUGUCGAGAUAAAGAACCUGUCCUCACUCUCGACCACGUAAAGGACGCUAUAUCGGAACUAAAGCUUGACUCUGCACCGGGACCCGAUGGCAUCCCCUCCAUCCUGCUGAAAAGAUGUACCUCUAGCUUAGCGGUCCCUAUCUAUCUCAUCUGGACAGAAUCUAUGUCGUCUGGCAUCGUCCCAAGCUACUACAAGACCGGAUAUGUCACUCCUCUCUUCAAGAAAGGUAGCAGAUGUGAAGCUGUAAACUAUAGACCUGUGACGCUGACUUCUCACGUAGUGAAGGUGUAUGAAAGGGUCGUCAGAAAGCACAUGACCCAGUACCUUGAUUCUAAUGAUCUGUUAUCGGACAAACAGCACGGAUUCAGGUCAAAUAGAAGCUGUCUCACCCAAAUGUUGGAGCACUUUGACGACAUUUACGAAGGUUUCACGAAAGGAAAGGACACCGAUUCAAUCUACCUCGACUUUGCGAAAGCUUUUGACAAAGUCGACUUGGAUCUACUUCUUCUUAAGCUGAAAAGAUAUGGAUUCCAGGAGAAGCUCUUAAGAUGGAUUCAAUCCUUCUUAACUGGUCGUGACCAAGUUGUUGUCGUGAACGGUGUGCAUUCAGACAGCGCUAAGGUGUUAAGCGGGGUGCCUCAGGGCAGUGUUUUAGGUCCACUGUUCUUCCUGUUGUUCAUCAACGACCUAGAGGACGUGGUUAAGCAUUCUAGAGUGAGCUUCUUUGCAGACGAUACUAGGGUUUCCAAGCAAAUUAGCUGCCUUGAAGACUGCCAACUUCUUCAGACUGAUCUUUACAGCAUUAUAGAUUGGUCCCUAUGUAACAACAUGAAGUUACACGAGCAGAAGUUCGAACUCCUAAACCACCUACACAAUAAGAGGAACUUAUCAAGUGAACUUCCCUUCUACGUAGAAAGUCUCCUCUACAAGGUUUCUAGUCACGUCACUCUUUAUCCCGUAGAAAACGUUAGAGACCUUGGUGUAAAAGUGUCAAGCGAUCUGAGCUGGUCUAAACACGUCGGGGAUAUGGUCACCAAAGCUAGAAGUAAAAUGUCUUGGGUGUUCAGUGUGUUUAAGACACGGGAUAAAGUGGUUAUGAUGACCCUCUACAAGUCUCUAGUCAGAAGCUUAUUGGAGUACUGUUGUCCGCUGUGGGACCCAGUCAAGACGACAGAGAUUCAGCUUUUGGAGGGGGUCCAGCGUACCUUUACAAGCCGCAUUGGUGGUCUAUACAGCUUAAACUACUGGGAGAGGCUAGCUCAUUUGAAGUUAAUGUCCCUGCAACGGAGAAGGGAGAGAUACAUCAUCUUGGUGAUGUGGAAAACGUACCAUAACGUUGUUCCAAAUAGCUGUAGCAUCGAGUUUGUGGAAACAUCCAGAUAUGGCACUAAAGCAGUUGUUCCUUCUCUAUCAAAGUCGAGUUCGAUGAGAAACCAGACACUGUAUGAUAGCUCGUUCGCAGUAAAAGGAUCCAAACUGUGGAAUAAGGUGCCGAGUGAAGUGAAAGCCGAGAAAACGUUUGCCAGCUUCAAAGUCAGUUUGUCUAAGUUUCUUGCUUUGAUACCGGAUAACCCUCCGGUUUCCGGUUAUACGUGCAGCUGGUCGAAUUCCUUGGUAGACUACACGCCAUCACGGUGGUCAGACAUCUGA